AGAAAUCGGGGUCUGGGUGUGCGACGUUCGGCAAGAUAUCGCUGAGCUAGGUGGGACAGCCAGGUAACAAUUUCAAGAUGCCAGGAUGGUCCAGUACAAAUUCAGGUUCUACUCGGUACAUAUCCUUCAGUGGCAUAGAGUCAGCGCUCUCCUCCUUAAAAACCUUCCAGUCCUGUAUCAGCUCUGGGAUGGACACAGUUUCUAGUAUUGCCUUGGACCUUGUGGAGACCCAAACUGAAGUGAGUAGUGAGUACAGUAUGGACAAGGCCAUGGUUGAAUUUGCUAAAAUGGAUCAAGAACUAAACCAUUAUGUUAAGGCUGUCCAGUCUACAAUAAAUCAUGUAAAAGAAGAACGUCCAGAAAAAGUACCAGAUUUAAAAUUACUGGUGGAGAAGAAAUUUUUGGCUUUACAGGAUAAGAACUCUGACACCGACUUUAAAGAGAAUGAAAAGUUUGUGCAUUUUAAGCAGCAGCUGCGGGAGCUGAAGAAGCAAUAUGGUAUUCAUGCAGACAGAGAGAAUGAUGGGAUAGAAGGAAUGGAUGAAGAUAUGAUUGUGACCCAGAGCCAAACCAAUUUCAUCUGCCCCAUAACACAGUUGGAAAUGAAGAAGCCAGUGAAAAAUAAAAUGUGUGGCCACACAUACGAAGAGGAAGCCAUUGUUCGCAUGAUCGUAUCCAAGCAUAAGAGGAAGAAGGCUUGUUGCCCAAAAAUUGACUGUAGCCACACAGACAUGAGAAUGUCAGAUCUCAUUCCGGAUGAAGCCCUGAGAAGGGCAAUCGAGAGCCAUAACAAGAAGAAAAAGCACCACUCCGAGUAGGAGCCAGCCCCCUGCCCACAGGGGUGUCCGCAGCCUACCUCCCCGCAGCCACCAGAGAGUGAGCGUACACAGCAAUAGGCCCGGCAAGCUCUGCAGUGACCCUCAAGGCUAACUGUAAUUGAAAGCAUUUUUUAAGUUACACAAUAAAAACACAAGUACAUUAUAGUCUUUAUUUUCAAGUGCUCUGAAAUUUUAAAUAAAACUUUGAUAAUCUUCA